CCCAGUGGAAACGACGAUGGGCGCAACUGACACGCAUCCUUCAUGAUCCCUGUCGCAAGCUAACAAACAUCUGCCAUGGCACAAUGUCCGCCAGGUCCGACACAGGAUUCUGAAUUGCCUUACGACGUCGCACAUGAGCGCGAAUUCUACAAGUACUUCCAGCCUAUCAGACUCGGACUCGCCGGUCAAGGAACACACAAUUCAUGGCCACCGCCGACAGCGCGCGUGUCCCCUGACAGGGCAUUGACGGCAUUCUGCCAACUAGCCACGCUACGUCUAGACUGCAAACGUGCCGCCAUCUCGUUCUUCGACAGAGACAACCAGUACAUCCUCGCAGAAGCCACCAAAUCGCUUAGCCUACAGACCGAAUCUGUCCAUGACCCAGGUGAUCAGAUUGACUUCGGCGCCGUCGUGGUCCCCAAGCGCGGAAGUAUCUGUGAGCACUCGAUCAAUUUUCCAUUCAACACGGUAGAGGAAGGCAAGGACGAGUCUGCGUUUAUCGUGCCGGACUUGAGCAAAGAUUCGAGGUUCAGCGACAAGCCAUACACAACCGAAUUCCAAUGGAGGUUCUACGCAGGAGUCCCCAUUGUCUCUCCCAAUGGCUACAAGAUCGGCGCCUUCUGUGUCAUUGACGACCAUCCUCGGGAAGGACUCACGCCUGGAGAGUUGGCUUUCUUGAAGGAUCUGUCGACAACAACUAUGCUACACAUGGACAUGCUGAGGUCCCAAUCAGAAAGCAUCAAAGGAGAAAGGAUGGUCCAUGGUCUCGGCUGCUUUGUCGAAGGCAAAGACACUCUCGGAGAUUGGAGAGCCCUAGGCGCCGACUGGGAGGUGCCUGAUGUCGUGGGGAGCUCACCCUCGCGCUGGGCAGAACGCCAAUACUCCAGACAUCACGAAGAAGCACCGGACAUCCUCGUGAACGGCAACAAAGACUUUCCGUCUCUUGCUGAUGUCGGCAUGCAUCUUAAGGUUGAGACUCCUCCUUCGAGACGGGGAUCACAGGCUUCUUCUAAUGCCUCUGCCCACCCGACGCCGCCACAAGAGGACCCCAAAGCUAAGAAGACGUCUCCCACCGACCAUUUGGCUCCCGAAGUUAAAGCCACAUUCGGACGUGCUGCGAGUGUCAUACGAGAGUCCCUACAGAUCGACGCUGUCGUUAUCUUCGAUGCUACUGCACAUACUACCUUCGGAGGCCUCGUUGAUUCUGCUACCCAUGAAAGGCCCAAGAGGCGUAAGCUGUCUUCGGCCUCCGAGGGAAGCUCCUUUGCUGAGUCUGGUACCGAGCGAUCCAGUUCCGAUGAUAGUGCUGCAAGAGCGAACGGAAAGGAGCAAGAUGCAAAGCGAUCUGAGAUACUCGGCCUAUCAACGCCUUCUUACAGUGGCUUAGAAAGCGAUCAGUCCAAAAAGGUUACCGAUGGUAUGACAGAAGGGUUUGUCCGAAGUCUUCUUCGUCGUUAUCCUCAUGGUAAAGUUCUCAACUUCGACGAAGAAGGUGAAUCAACGGUCUCAACACAAGUCGCUCAAUCGGAAGCAAUGGACGGCUCGGUCUCGCCAAGGGGCACAGUGAAAAAGCGUAAGCGCCUGAGGUCUAAUGAAGCCAAAGCGCUCAAGGCGUUGUUCCCGGGAGUCCGCAGUCUCGCUAUUGUGCCCAUGUGGGAUUCAAACCAGAAGUUUUUCAGUGCUUGUAUAGCAUGGACUAAAGAUCCACACAGGAUACUGACCACCCAUUCCGAGCUCAGCUACCUGGCAGCGUUCAGCGACUGCACUAUGAGUGAAGUGGCGAGAAUUAAUGCCAAAAUUGCCGACAAAGCAAAGUCCGAUUUUAUCUCGUCCAUCUCGCACGAACUGCGCAGUCCACUCCAUGGUAUCCUUGGUAGUGUCGAGUGUCUCCAAGACUCAACCUUAGAUCCUUUCCAGGAGAACCUCGUACAUACUAUGGAGACGUGUGGUAAGACUCUAUUAGACACGAUCGACCACUUGCUCGAUUUUGCCAAGAUCAACAACUUCACCAGGAAGAGUACCCAGCGGCAUACAAGCAGUUCAGACCCACACGCCCAAAAACAGGGUUUUGCUCUGGACGUCGACGUCGAUCUCAGUGUGAUCACCGAAGAGGUGCUCGAGACGGUCUUUGCCGGUCACGAUUUCAUCAAAGCCGGCCGGGAGACCGAGCAGAUGCCCAGAGCAAACAAGCAGGUCAAGGGUGGUUCACUGAGUGCCGGUGGUGAACGCAAUGUCUCCAUCGUCGUGGACAUCAGUAAGGCUGAAGACUCACAUUGGAUUUUCCGGACUCAAGCUGGAGCCUGGCGUCGCAUUCUGAUGAAUCUUUUCGGCAACAGCCUAAAAUACACCUCCAGUGGAUUUAUUCAAGUUUGUCUUCACAGCGAGCCAUUACCGUCCAAGGAGAAGGGUGGCUCGUCCAAGGUCACGCUGUCUGUAACGGACUCAGGCAAGGGAAUCUCAAAAGAGUACCUUGACAAGCAACUCUUCACUCCAUUCGCUCAAGAGGAUUCACUGCAGCCUGGCACCGGAUUAGGCCUAGCAAUCAUCUCUGCAAUCAUCAAAUCUAUGGGAGGAGAGAUUGAUGUGCAGAGCGAACAAGGCAAAGGAACUACAACCACAGUGACCUUGACGAUGCACCAUGUUCCGAUACCGGAAGAGGAGCUAGAGCAGAAUGUUGUAACAAGUGCUGCGAAGAAGACAAAAGGACUCAAGAUUGGCUUCAUCGGAUUCGACGCAGACUCUUACGAGAAAGAGCCGAAACCAGGUACACGGUCGCCGGAAAACGCUGGUCACAGGUUCAUGGCUUCUUUCCACCGGAUGUGUCAAAAUUGGUUUGGUAUGGACAUGCAGAUAACCCAAGGCCUUGACCAAACAGGCGUCGACGUUUUCCUCACUACAGAAAAAGGCCUCGAUCAGGUAAAGGAUCAAUUGGAGAGACGUAUGAAGAACAGGAUCGACCAGAAGGCCCAAGACCGAGAGGCCGAUAUUCCUUUGCUGGUAAUCUGCAACAGCGUGGCUGCGGCUAAUGCCAUGAUGCAUGCCCCAAGUGCUCACGUCUCUGCAGUUCUUUCUCAGCCAUGUGGACCGAGGAAGUUGGCCAAGUCUCUCACACUUUGCUUAGAAGCGCACAAGAACGCAAAAGAUCCGAGCAUACCAAUGCCGUCAGUACGCCAGGUCAUGGACGACAAUCUAGGAGAAGAUAAAGAGCUCCAUGACAACCCAUUCCAGAAGGUGUUGGAGUCAGAAAACUUUGCUAUGGCCGUAGAGGCUGGAGAGAAGGGUCACAAUGGAGAUGCUCCAUUGAAACACCCACACCAAGACACGUUGGUGAUUUCACAGGGCAGAUCAAGGGUGCCCAAACUGGACACUAACCCGCUGGCCACUCAACCUCCAUCUCCGGCACCUACCGCCGGCUCCAUGAGCCCUUUCUCUAGGACCAAUUCAGACACGGAUAAGCCUGUUCACAAACUUCUGCUUGUCGAUGACAACAAGAUCAAUCUUCAGCUUCUGGUAACCUACAUCAAGAAAGCCGGUCACGCAUUUAUGACCGCCAACGAUGGACUUGAAGCACUUGAGGCUUACAAAUCACAAUGUGAGGAAAGUGGCACCAGUGAUCAACAAGUGAACCCGCCUUUCGACUACGUACUCAUGGACCUAUCGAUGCCGGUCAUGGACGGUCUAACAUCCACACGCAACAUUCGUGCUCACGAACGAGCCAACAACAUCAAACCCGCAACCAUAAUCGCUCUCACUGGCUUGGCGAGCGCAAGUGCUCAACAAGAAGCCUUCAGCAGUGGCGUCGACACCUUCAUGACCAAGCCAGUCAAGCUCAAGGAACUCGGCAAGAUGCUUGAGAACAAUGGUGGCAAAGGCGACGGCAAACCGAGCCAGUAAAAGUAAUUUCGAGAUUGAAGUGUUGAGCAAUAACCCACGGUGGGUAUUGUUUAUGUAUUAUUAUAAAAUAUAAUUAUAUUGGGCGGGUAGAGGAAGAGGAGGGG